GGAGCGACACCAUUUCCAACCCACUGUCCCUCUUCUCUUCCCCGCCUCCUUUCUCACUUCCAAGGAGACGCGGCCAAAACCCCUCCGGCCAAAACUGAAUCCAGUCCACCGGGAUUAGAAAACCCCGUGUGCCUGCUUCAAGAACACCGCUUAAUCUUGUCUUCGUUUCCAACAAUUGAUGCAGGAUUCUGUAGUAUUUACCUGAAUUUAUCUGUUCUCUGGAUCCUUGUUGUUACAAAGAGUAACUGCAGAAUGCGAGGAUUACGGCGAAGUGCUCGAGGGGAAUCGUCUCGGAAGGUUGGCCGCGAGUUCGAGCCGUUCACCAUCUCCGGCAGGGUGUCCCACCUCACGAAGACCAGGUCGGAGCCAUGCCACAGGACUCGUGGUGCCGCCUCCGCCGCCCGGAGGAGGCCUUUCUCGACGUUCGAGCUGCUGUCGGCAAGGGAGUCCGGCCGCUCGGGCUGCGCUGGAUUCUCUUCGGCCGACCGCGCCUACGUUGGCAGCAAACACAUCCCGGCGAAAGGGCCGUGGAGCGUCGACGACAUGGACAGCGAGGCCUACGUCUCGCAAUUUUCUGCUGAUGGGUCAUUGCUCAUUGCUGGGUUUCGGGGAAGCCGCAUCAGAAUUUACGAUGCCGAGAAAGGGUGGAAGGUUCGAAAGGAUAUAAGUUGCAGAAGUCUGCGGUGGACAGUUUCAGAUAUUGCUCUCUCACCUGACCAACGAUUCCUUGCCUAUUCAAGUUUGUCGCCUAUUGUUCACAUUGUGAAUGUGCAGAGUGCUGGAAAGGAAUCACAUGCUAAUAUUACAGAAAUUCAUGAGGGUUUGGAUUUCUUUGCUGAUGAACAUGAUGAUGAUUUAGUAGACUUUGGAAUAUUUUCUGUAAAAUUCUCAAAAGAUGGUAGAGAAAUUGUUGUCGGAAAUAAUGAAAAAUCAAUAUAUGUUUAUGAUCUUGGAGCAAAUAAAGUAUCAGUUCGCAUCCAUGCUCAUACGUCUGAUGUCAAUGCGGUCACCUUUGCUGAUGAAAGUGGUAAUGUGUUGUACUCCGGAAGUGAUGAUAGUCUCUGUAAGGUGUGGGACAGGCGUUGCCUUGUAGGGGGGAAAUCAGCAGGUGUUUUGACAGGUCAUUUAGAUGGGGUUACAUUUAUUGAUAGCCGUGGUGAUGGGCGUUAUUUCAUCUCCAAUUGCAAGGAUCAGACAAUCAAACUUUGGGAUAUCAGGAAAAUGUCCUCGGUCACAAGAGCUUGCCCACUGAGAAUGGUGGACUGGGACUAUAGAUGGAUGUCAUUCCCAGCAGAAGCCCAUCAUUUUAGGCAUCCAGAUGAUAAGUCUCUGGCCACAUACAGAGGUCAUUCAGUUCUGCGAACACUUAUCCGUUGCUACUUCUCCCCUAUGCACAGCACGGGCCAGAGGUACAUAUACACUGGAUCUAGUGACAAGUCUGUAUAUAUUUAUGAUGUGGUAACGGGGACGACUGUCGAGAGGCUCUCGUGGCACGGAUCCAUCAUCAGAGACUGUACCUGGCAUCCACACUAUCCAACGCUCGUCAGCUCAUCCUGGGAUGGCUAUCUGGCCCGGUGGGAGGCCUCGGGCGACGACGAUGACCCUUCGAUGCUUGCCUCCAAAGAGCAGAGGAGAAGUCCCUUUCAUAUGUACGGCGACCCCUUCUUGUUGUAGAGAAGUUUGGUGCUUGAGAACCUGAGAUGCAUGAUCCAAGUUGCUGUUGUCUGCAGAGAGCGUGAUCGAACUGCUGAUGCGCCUGGUGUUUGGUUUCUAGUUUGGAAAUUGCAGUUGACAUUGCAAUGUGUAUAGGGUUGGGUUCGCUGCUUGCUUGGCAGGAAUAGGAUAAGCAUUCAUGUCAUGCAACAAUGUUAGCUUGGCUCCUAGUUCCUUCGGUAGGAAAGAAAAUUGGCGAGAUGAUAGUAGUGCUGAAAUCAUGUUGUCAAAGCAGCUUGGUAAAUCUCCAUACAUCUGGGCUUGUUUAUUGCAAAAUUUAUAAUUAAUAAAGGUUGCAUACAUGGAGAUGGGAUAACA